AUGUACCACAAUCAGUCUGUGCAGGACUUAAAGCGUAAACGGCCAGCAGAAGAGCAGUGGAGUCAAGUAGAUCAAUGCAAGAAGUGGUAUGGCGGAUCGUCCGAUCAUCAUGGAAUGUACCAGCAGCCGCAUCCACAACAACCGAUGCAUCACAAUCAAGAGAAUAUGCAAUAUCCUCAAAUGAAUCAAUGCUAUCAAAGUGAAAAUAAUGUUACCUACUGGCAAACUCCGCACUGGAACGAGGCAACGCAGCAGCCUUAUCCGUACUAUUAUCCGAAUCAGCCCGAUCAGCAAUAUAUGCAACAUCCGCCUCUUGAAACUCAUUUUGCAAUGAGCGGUGGAUUCCCGAAUAACUUUGGAUAUGAGGAUCAACAGCAACCACUGCAACCGGCGCAGAUGCACCAACCGCCACAGCAACACCAAUAUCUGAACGCGGAAUAUUCGAAAACUCCGCCGCCGCUCACUUCAACCCCGCCGUUGGAGAACUUCAACACAUCGCUUGGAGCCGCUUCUGAUAUCACGACACCGGAUCCGCAAAACCUCCAACAACCCCCGGUGCUGCCUAAUCAAUUGCCGGAAGAAUUCAGUGCCGAAAGCAAAAAAUUUCCGUACAUUCCGUGGAAUGCCGAGUCGUUUCCGUUUAUUGGGAAUGAGUUUUUUCAAUGUAUUGAAAAGUAUCACCAACGACUUCGACAAUACGAGAGCAUCCACCAAACGAAUGGAUACCCUUCAAACGGACAAGAUAUUCAAUUCAAUGAUUACUAUAAGCAACAAGAGGAGCAGCCUGGAUGCAGCAAAAAGGCUCCAAACACGACCAGCCUUGUCCCUUACAUUCCACAUCCGCGUGACAAUGAAGUGUUCGAGAUUGUCGGAGGAAGAUUUGCGCUUGUUGGAAACCUGACCAAAUACAAAUUGAGAAUUGAAGAGAUUCGUAGAAGAGUUGGAGCUCCCGAAUUCAUGAACAGCAGCACAUUGUCGUGUCUCAUCAGAAAGGCUAAGAAGAAAAAUAAGAGCGAUGAGAUGCGUCAGACGCUGUCCCGUGAGUACGAUAUCGUCAUCAAACCGUGUCAGAAGAAAGGCGUCAAAUCAACGUCGUUCACCCCACUUCUGGAAGAAGAAGCGCAAGUUCUUGCAACAGAUCUUGACACACUCACCAAAAAAUAUUAUCCGCGGAAGCAUUUGUCCAAGCUGGUGCUUCAGUCGGUUGUCAGCAAUGGAAUGGACGUUGAGACUGCGGCCGGCCACAUGAGUAAGGCGCUCAGGUUCCUUGAGCGCAUGAACGCUUUCAUUCCGCAAAUCAAGCCGAAGGUUGUUGGAAGUGAGGAGAGGUUGUCCAAUUAUCCGCAAUUGAACGAGAAAUUCAUCGAAAUCUCCAGGAGAACCCAUGGAUUCGCAUUGCUCAAUCAGGACACUUGGCUACGAGAAUCGAUGGAGUUGGCAGGAAGUACAUUGGAGAUCACCGAAUCAUUCCGUGGUUACAAUCAGGCUCAGGUCCAGCAAAUGUUGUUCAGCAAUAUGAAUACUGCACAACAGUACGCGGCACAGGAAUGGAACCAACAACUUCUACAACCCCAACUUCAAAAGCAACAAUAUCAAACCGCCUAA